AUGACAGAUGAGUGGGAUGGAAAACAGCGAGAAGACGGUGAUCCUGAAGCAGAAGAACAGGAACUGCAAGCAAUGAAACAACGUGUUGCUGAGAUGGAAGCUGAAGCAGAAAAAUUGCGUGAGAUUCAGGCAAAACUUGAUAAAGAGAAUGCACAACUUCUGGAAAACAAAGAAGAUAUAGAUUCUCGUAGUGUAUAUGUUGGAAACGUUGAUUAUGGUGCAACACCUGAAGAAAUACAAGCACAUUUUCAAACAUGUGGAACAAUCAACCGUGUUACAAUUCUUUGUGAUCGUUAUUCUGGACAUCCAAAAGGGUUUGCUUAUAUUGAAUUUUCCGAGCCUGGACUUGUUCCACAGGCUUUGGUUUUGAAUGAAAGUUUGUUUCGGGGUCGUUUGCUUAAAGUCGUACCAAAACGCACAAAUCUUCCUGGAAUGUCCCGUGGAAGAGGACGGGGACGUGGUCGUGGAUAUCGUGGACGCUAUGGAUAUCGUGGCGGCUACCGUGGUUCUUAUCGAAGUGUACCAUAUUAA